UUAUGAAGAAUCUAAACUAUUCACUCCAUGUCCUUGUAAUGAUAAUUGAGCCAUUUUUGACUCUACCUUAAUUAUUGUUGGAAGAAAACCAUACCAUAAACAUGUGCAAUAUUUUGCAACGUUGAUAUAUUGGAAGAAACUCAAUAAAUACACAAGUUCAGAGCCACAAAACACAACCUUCCAACAUUUCUUCAAAAGCCACCUUUGUUUCAUGGCUUUGAUACAAACUGAGCUACCCCUCAAUGAAAACGAUUCUCAAGACAUGCUCAUAUACCAAAUUCUUAACGAGGCCAAUGAACUCAGCAACACAAUGGUUCAACAAAUGCACCAAAAUGGCCUAGAGCAGAUGAAGGACAUUAAAAAGAAGAAGUACAGAGGCGUAAGGCGUCGACCGUGGGGGAAAUAUGCGGCCGAGAUUCGUGACUCGGCGCGAAAUGGAGCUAGGAUAUGGCUCGGUACAUUCCAAACAGCUGAAGAAGCUGCAAUUGCUUAUGAUAAAGCUGCUUUUAGAAUGAGGGGUUCUAAGGCUUUGUUGAAUUUCCCACAUGAGUUUUCUGCUUCUCUGCAAUGGAGUUCGACUUCUAAGCACGGUUUGAGCUCAGAGAAAAUCAACAAUAAGAACUCUGAGUCAAGUACUAGCAACUCUUGUUCAAUUUAAAGCUUUGUAUAUCAUAUAACUGCUUUUGUAUGUGCAUGCAUGUUUGUGAAGAAAUGUGAAAUAAUAGACUAAAAGUACAAAAUGUGAAGCUGAGCCAUAUAUUAUAUGCUACCGUAAAUAGUGCUUGGAGCUUGAAUAUGUAUAUAGCUUCAUCAUAUGAUAGUCACUCACAAUUGGAUUCUAGAGAUUGAUAGUUCAAUGGAUCUGGACUAAUGACUAAAGAAGUUGGAAAGAUUGGAGUUUGAACCUAGUAAAAGAGAAAAUUGUAAUAUAUAUUAAUAUUUUAUCUAUUACAUAAGAAAGAAAAAAAAGAGUCGAACUUAAAAAGUUAUGCGGAUACAUCACUUCGGGGAUAGACUAAGAUGCAAAUCCAAACCGAAACCAUCAUCAAAGUUGGAUUAUAUUUAAGAUUGUAAUGGAAUGUAUGGGCUUAUUUUGGUUGAAUUAUGUUUUAAUGUGUAGAAUAAAGUUUUAAGAUUGCAAUGGUAUUGUACGUGCUUAGUUUGAUAUUUAGUGUAGUGAAUGAGUUUAAAU